AUGACACGGCAGGCGCGUAACAGCGCCGCGCAACAGCGUCCCGACAAAAUACCGCGCAGCACGCGCGCCACUCCGAAGCGCCACUCGCUCAAGAUCACCGCCCAAUCGCGAGCGUCUUCACGACCACGAGCGCCACCGCGAUCACGGGCACCACCGCGAUCACCAAAAAUAUGGCGCGCACUGAUCCAGCCCGCGGGCACGAUGUCCACGUCCCUCAAAAUCCCGGAUGAACGGGAGAACGAAACCUUCGAAUACGAACAAACUCGGGCGCGCCGUCGUUACAUGAAAAGCGGCCCUACGGCUCGCGAGACGCGAUCACGCCCGAUAACCUCUCGACACCCGUACUGCACAAUUUACACGCACGACAGAGCGGAGCACUCCACUACGGCUAAGCCGUCGCCCAUCCCCCGCCCCGCGCACCCCCGCAUACGCGGCAAAGCCCCGCACGCCAAGAAUCGCGCCGAACACGACGCCCACGAUCCGCACGUCACCCGGACAACGCCCGCACACGCACGACCGUGCCCGAGCACCCCGCGCACGGAGAGGCCGACACCGGCCUCCAGAACACUCGCUGAGCCCCGGCACGAGGCUCCCCGCAAGCUCAGAGCGCGAAAACGACACGCCACUUACGACACUCACGGCGGCUCAGGGCGACCACGCCGACCGCCGCCACCAAUGUCCCGGGUCGAGCACAGCCCGCGGAACACCCCCCUGCACUCGCGGCCACGCGGAGGGCCACGCACUUUCCGCAGAAGACGCCAAACGAGGAGGCGACUCGACGCGUCACGACGCGAACGACAAUAUGGCGGCUAUACAGCCGCGCACCGCCGCCGCGCCCACGUCACCGCCGACGGUACCGGAUCGCAAGACGAGCCGCGCCACGAACGCCAGGGCACCAGCCCCGGCGACGGCGCCACCGACGACCCCGCAACCCGUUCCCCGAUGACCACGAAAUAUUAUGCCGUGCAACGAUGCUCGGCCCUCCACUGA